UGGCAUUGUAGGUAGCGGCGUAUGCCGCCUCGUGAUCCCCAACAACAAAUACUGCCACCCAUCAGACCCGAAUCAUACAGCAGCACAUCAAAAUGUCCACCCUUGCGACAACAGCAGCCGGCACCCUCCGAAUGCGGAUUCCCUACCGAGAGCUGCCUCCCCCGACCACCAUCAUACCUGCCACCGCCACGACCCUGCCCGGCGCCGUGGCUGCUCUCAAGUCAUUCCUCACCACCCCUCCGCCGUCCGGUUUACCCAAUCGAACUGUCAUCCUCACCGGUGCCGGCCUUUCCGUGGCCAGCGGCUUAGCCGACUACCGUGGCGUCAACGGCACCUACCGGGUCAAUAAGGACUACAAGCCGAUUUUCCACCACGAGUUCCUCGCCAGCCACGAGACGCGACAGCGAUACUGGGCACGGAGCUACAUCGGAUGGAGGGGUCUGGGACGGGCCGGCCCGAACCCGGGCCACUACGCGAUCCGGGACCUUGGGAAUCUACUCACCGAGCGCUACAGCGGUGACCGAAACAACAAAAGCAUUACGGGUGUAAUCACACAGAAUGUCGAUUCCUUCCAUAAAAUGAGCCAUCCCGAUAUACAAACCGUCGAAUUGCACGGAACUCUAGCCUCGGUUGUUUGUACAUCGUGCCGGAACCAAUUUCCUCGAGACGAGUAUCAGACCACACUGGCCAGGCUCAACCCGAUUUGGGCUGAUUUCCUUCGCGAGGCGCUGGCAUCGGGAGCCCUGGAGACGGAGGACAUUGAAGAACGGAACAAAAAGAGUAUCAAGAUGAACCCAGAUGGUGAUGUGGACCUGGCCGAGGCACCUUACACCACGUUUCGUUACCCAGCAUGUCCGUCAUGUUUGAAGGAGCCGCCGCGUCUUGCAGAUGGCACCAAGACAUGGGUAGAAAUCGACAAAGAUGGUGCAUGGAUACCGUCCAGUACUGCGGGAGUUCUGAAACCGGCAGUAAUCAUGUUUGGAGAGAGUAUAAGCGCUGAGGUCAAGGGCGAGGCGGAAAAGGCCAUUGACAAUGCCGGACGAAUGCUCAUCCUGGGCACCUCUCUCGCGACCUACUCGGCCUGGCGGCUGGCACAGCGGGCGAAGCUCCGAGGAAUGCCUAUAGCCAUUGUGAGCAUCGGUGGUGUGAGGCGCGAAGAGAUGUUCUUUGAAGAUCUAGACCCUAAGAUGGCCGGUCCUCAUGGGGUUAGAGUGGAGAUGGCUACUGAACAGCUGUUACCGGCGCUCGUGGAGGAGCUCAAGACCUCCUUCUCCGGAUCGCCAGUGCCCAACACCUUCUCAACAUCCACCUCUUCACCCUUCUGUAUCCUCUCGACCACCUCACGCAAGGUAUUGAUCCUGACAUCGGCCUGGCGCGAAAAGGCCGCAUAG